AUGAAUAAUAACCGAUCAGAUAAUUUGCAUUGCUGUGAAUAUAUUAACAUGAACGAAGAAAAGUCUACUAUAAUAUCAGACCUUUGUAGUUGUCCACCAUUUGGAAACUGCUGUUCAAAUUUGUUGAAAUGUCCGCCGUCUAGAGACAUAGAAAUAAAUGUCAUGGUGGCAAAUUUUCAAGAUCGAUUUAGAAUUCCUUGGCAGGGUGGAGCAAGACGUAUUUCUUUAGAUUCUGCAGUGCCAUUACUUCUCUUCCCAGCCUCUCUUUAUUUUGCUGCUCAAGGGUUUUGGCCGACCAUUUUAAUGUUUCCGUUGGUUACAUUAUUCCUAUAUUACACUCAUCGUACUGUCCGCAAGUACAGAGUGGCCACAAAAUUCUUUUAUGUGUGGACAUUGACAUCGGCAUCAUUAGUGUUAAUUGUCUUCCAGUUUCUGGUUGUUCCCAUGUUAGAUAUAAACACCAAUGAAAACAUAAUAAUUACAGUUACUAUGAUAGCCACUGCGGCUUGUUUCUAUUUUACGAAGAAACACGCAAUUAAAUCUCAUCUAAAAUAUGAUCUAGAAAUGACAAAUGUCAAUAUAACUGACGAAAACCUAGUUUUAAUAAACGAAACUGAAAAUGUUCAAUGCAAUACUUGUAAAAGAGAUGUACCGUCCAGAACGUAUCACUGUUUUGUGUGUAAGACCUGUGUGAUCCAACAACACAUACAUUCUUAUUGGAUAGACUGUUGCAUUGGAAAGCAUAAUAGGAAACCGUAUAUGGCUGGUCUGGUGCUCGGUUCAGUUUUGUUUACAUUCUUAUCAAAUCUCAUCCUGACUACACUGUGUCAUCCUUUCAAUGUUUUUGCAACAAUCAUGUUACCCGAUGACUGUAGUGAUGUAUAUUAUGAUAUUAUGUAUGGUAUUUGUUUUGUAUCUGGGCUGUAUUGUUUUGCUGUCGGAAUAAUUUUGUUUUUAAUGUUUAUCAAUGACAUCUAUAUGGUUUCAUUAGGAAUAACUUACCAUGAGUGGCAAGAACAAUGUAAAGAUUUUAAAAGUGAUUGUCGUUCUAGGCACGUAAUUAGGAAUAUAUUACCAAAUUGGAGAGCAUUUUUCAAUAAUGUCUGA